UAUAGCCAAGGAGGGAGUCUCCAGGGAUCUGUGGUUGGAUGGUGUUGUUUUUAAGGGGGGAAAGCUGUUUGUGCCACUGCAGCAGGUGUGACACUGAUGCUGAUUAGCUUAAUUAUAUGCUGGAAAAAGUGUGCAUGCAAUUGUGACAUUUUCUAAACUAAAUAACAUACAUUGUCUGACCAUGAGCAGUGGAAGCCUGGUGAUGUUAGUUAAUGUAAUAUUGUGGUACCGCUACAUCUAGUAUGACAAAAAAAAUGUAUGUAAAUACUUGCAAAGUUGUACUUUGGAACCAAGAGAUGAAAGACACAGCACAGGAAGUGCGCUGUUCAGGAGUGUAGAAGGUUGCUUUAAUGGGGGAGUUCCCUUUCUGUUUAUUAUUACCUAGUGUCCUAUCCUUGCCCUAUCCUGUACCUACCUCUAUUUCCACAAGUCAUUGUCUCACAAUGUCUCAGUAUCUGUUUCAAGUGUUUGCUAUCCAUUUCAGAAGUUUUCAGUGCCGCUAUUGUACAUUGGUUUAGUCUUUUGAUAUAAUCUCAUCAAUCAUUAGCCCAAAGCAUGCCACAUGUACCCGCCUUAUGCUUUGAAUAUCAUAUAAUCCACCGACUAGAGGUCUGCACAGGACUGCAGGCAGGAUCACACACCUACUUGCCCUCUAAGGAUUACUGACGAUAACCACCUGCACUGACAGAUGUGCCUUUUCAUACAUUUGGCACCAACAAGUCAUUCAAUGGGAACAUUUUUUAUUUUAUUUUAAUACUAGCAUGACGAUAAAAUAAAUGGUAGUUUGUAAACUUCAUCAUCAUAAGUGAACCAGCAAUAACGGGCUCACGACACAGUAGAUCUCUUUCAUGCAUGAUGUUUUUGUACUUUGUGUGUGUCUGUCUGCUUGCGUGCAGUUCUGGGUGAUGCUUUCAGGCCGGGCCAUGGACCAUCUCCUAACCCAUAAACUCGUUUUUUUUUUUGGCUGGUGCGAUUAAUGCUGCAUUGUCUAUUUGAUGCUUUGGUGUAUAUGAGCCUUCCAGUCGCUGCUUGGCCCUGCGGUCCUCUCUGAGCUAGUCUGUCGCUGACUGGCACUGUAGCUACUGUGUGGCAGGCAAAGAAAGUGGGUCACGCUGCAGCAGCAUUAGAAGGAUGGCGCCUCAAUGUGGGUCUUGGCCAGUACACGGCUUUGGAGCAGCAGCAGCAAUCUGCUGCAACACUAAUGUAUAUUACAUCUUCAAACAUCCAUGUCAAAACAGAGGAUAAGAUAUAGUGCAUGUACAGAAAAAAAAGAAGAAAAGUUGACACUACUUGCCAGUGAUGCCUGAAACGUUGAUGACUUUUCACUUUGUUAUUGAUACAUUACAUAUGUGUUGUUCAUUGUCGGUAAUUAUGAAAUUUGGCUCGUGUGUAAAUCCAGGGAUUGAGGCUUACUCUAACCAUAGAUGCUGGUACUGGAUUGAGUUGCUAGACCAGCAUCAGGGCAGAGCGCCAAUGACCCACUCUAUAUAAAAACUACACAGUUGGUGCUCUGAUCAAAGUAGGGCAAAAAAAUAAAGAAGACAUAUCCAACUGUACGUUUCUGCAACGUGAUUAAGAAGCUUUUUUGCUGUUUGAUCCCUCUUCUAGGCCUUGAAAUUAUUAUAUACAUUUCUGGAUUCAGUUCAUAUUAAGUGGCGGUGUCUUGUAAACCGAUGCCCGCUAGACAUAUCUGAGUGAUAUACAGUGUGUAUAUAUACAUAUAAUGUGAUAUAUCAUUGACAUUAUAUUGUAAUGGUAAAACAGCAAGUCAAUGGCACUUCUCCUGCAACCCAAGCCAGCGUCAAUGUCUUUACAGUUUGGGGUUAUCAUAACAGUGAAGCUUUGGAGAUUGCACACCCUUGAGGCUAAGCAGAGGAAGCCCUGUGUGUGUGUGUGUGUGUGUGUGUGUGUGUGUGUGUGUUUUACUGGUAACUGUCCUUCUGGUGGUGGCCCAGCCCAGAUUAGAGAUAAUCUCCCAUGCAGACUGAACGUCAUCAUCCACGAUUGGACGACACGCCAGAGAUGACCACCAUUGCACCUACCGUGUCUCACAACAUCAAAAGUGCUCACCUGGCAGUGAUGGAUGCCUUGAUGACCAUGGGAGCCAUGGAGACGGUGACUGCGGUGAAGACGCGUGGUUCUGUUGAGCUACUGGGUGGAGCCUCCAACUGGAAGGAUGCUCUUCUUAAUUGGGUUAAUGGGUUAAACCAGAAGUUGAGAGAAUGUACUGAAGGAGCCCAGAAUGACCCGUCUCAGGCCCUUGCAGAGCCCCAACCUGUUCAACCCUCUCUCCGCUACAGGAAGGAUAAAUUGCAGUCCAAACAAAAGCCCAUCUUUCCAGUGGUGAAGGGCGUAAAAGACCUGUCCAGUGGUUGUGCUGUUGCUGCAGUCAUACAUUACUAUUGCCCUGGCCUGCUAAGGCUUGAAGAUGUUUGCAUGAAGGAGGCCAUGUCUGUAGCAGACAGCCUGUACAACCUGCAGUUCAUCCAUGAAUUCUGUGACAGCUGUCUGAAGAGCUGCUGUCACUUGGCACUGGAGGACAUGCUAUACACCCCACCGGAGCUUCAGCUCAAUUUGCUGAGCUUCCUAGCAGAACUACUUAGCUGGUUUGAAGUACGAAGGCCAGACUUUGUUCAACCAAUAGACACGUUGGAUGGAUCCACACCAGUAAUGCCAAGUAGCUUGAGUGGUAGCAGUACCUCCCCUUCUAUCUUCAAGAAGCCUUUCCUACCCAUCUCCUCUCCUGCAUCAGGAUCUUUGAUUCAGUCUACCUCAAUGUCUCAUAUAGAAGGAGUUGGAAAGACAUGGAGCAAAAAACCUCUCAGCCGCCCCAUGUCAGCGGUAUCCUUCAGCAUUCCUUUUGGCCUGGACAGUGAUGUGGACGUCGUGAUGGGCAACCCUGUGAUAACCCGCUCCGUGAGCUCAGACCAACUCAACCCAGCAGGCCAAAAUAUGACCCGGGUGCCCUACACCCCUCCUGAAGACCUCAGCCAUUUGCUCAGCAAAGCCCCCGGCUCCAACGGCCCACAAAGAGCUUCUUGGGCUACCCAGACUGCUAGUAUUCCAAGGUUGGCAGAGGAGAACGGCCUUGUGGCGAGUGAAACGGGAGAGCUGCCUACCAUUGAAGAGGCUCUCCAAAUUAUCCACAACGAAAGCAAGAUGGAGCCUCGUUUACACCCCGAUGGUGCUCCUGAUGGCUUCUACCUCCACUCUCCUGAUGACCCUGCUAGUUCCAGAUAUAGCAACUUAGCCCCCAUCAGCUGCUCUGCUCCUACACGCUCAGGAAUGAUGUACCGGCCCACGGGACAGUCCAAGGAGCCCACUCGCAUCAGAAACACCUCUGAAUGUUCUCGAGAUGAUGACUCGGUCUUGAGAGACGGCAGUGUAGACUCUGAUGCAUCAGAAGACCUUCCCAAAGCCCAGUCCACUCCAACCACACCAGCUGCUGGUUCACACUCUGCCAGAGGCCAUGGCAAAGAGGUCUCUGAUAGUGGUGUGAAGAUGACCAACUUUGCAGAACGCAAAAAGAAACAGAUUAUUGAUUCUCCUAAAGCCAGCGACCCCUCUUCCUCUUCUUCAUCCUCUCAGUCGACCACAUGGGCGCAAAAGUCUGAGGAAAGCCCCAGCAAGAGCCCUCAACUCAACAAUGAGAUGUCUGAGCUGGGAACUCGGCUUGAAGAAAAGCGCAAGGCUAUUGAAGCCCAGAAGAAACGCAUUGAGGCCAUUUUUGCAAAGCACCGACAAAGACUGGGGAAGAGUGCCUUUUUGCAGUUAAAGAAGGAGCAACGUGAGGGCGAAGGGGAAGGAGGGGAUGGUCAGAUAAGCACCUCAUCCACAGAAGAAGACCUCUCUCGCUUGACACUUGAAGAACGGCUAACUCGAAUGGAAGAGGAAGAGCGCACCUCAGUGGAGGAUGACGGUAAUGUCAAAGUAGGACAAACAGAUAAGCAGGUCAGUCACUCCAAAGAAAAGGCAGGUACACCAGGAGAGAAGGGCUCUGGUACUCAUGGUGAGAAAAUGGUAGCGCCACUAGGGGACUAUAACAAUGCCGUGUCCAAGCUGACUGCGGCUCUUAGCUCUCUGCAAAGUGACAUGCACCGGCUGACCGAGCAGCAGAACCACUUAGUCAAAAAGAAAGCUGUAAGUUCCAGCCCUAAAACCUCAACCCCGGCUGCUUCACGCCUAUCGCGCGAAUCCACCCGAGAUUUUAAUUCGGCCUCCUCCUCGCCAUCCCACAGGCUCAUAAACCACACCACUCCUCCUAAAUCCCCUAAAGUCCACCGUAGAGCCCAAUCUGUGCCCCCUAAAAGCCCCAAACACCAACAUGGCCGUUCCUUGGACGUUAAGGUUCCAGCCAUAUCAAGGGUUAUGACCGCGCCUCAAAACGUGGACCGAAUCCCUCACCUUCGUCGUGUCAGUCCUUGGCAAUCCAAAGACCAGACUUUGUCCUCGUUCUCCCUCGGUGACUCUGACGACCCGACUCCUGUCACCACGCCAACACUGACCCCGAUACCAACUCCUACCACUACUCCCUGUCCUGAUGACACGAUGUCAGAGGUCGGCUCCAAUGACGAUCAUAGUAUAUUUAGCAUGGACCUGGAGGCCGGGCCCUCCCAUGGCCUUUUGGGAAACAAGGAAAGGCUUGCAGAUGGGGGCUGCAGCUCUGGUGCCCCAUCAGAGUGCUCUUACGAGAGCGAUGCCACUGCAGGGAUGUCGAACGGCAAACACAGUAGCCUGAUAGAGAUCUCGCUGUCUGCUCUGCGAGGAGAUGGGGAAGACGACGACCAGGCACCGGACGCUUUCUCCGACUCAAUGAGUGAACGGCUGGAGCAAGAGGCGAAAGGAGGGGUCGGUUUCUUUUUCAAGGAUGAAAAGGAGCGACCAGAAGAUGAAAUGGCCCAGCGAAGAGCAGCUCUGCUGGAAAAACAGCAGAAGAGAGCAGAAGAGAUGAAAAGACGUAAACUUGAGCAGGAAAAGGAAAAAGAAGCAAACAAACCUCAGUGGAUGAUCAUCGAAGGCUGGGGCAACAAGAGUGAGGACAGACCCCAGACUCCAGGCACCUCUCCGGCAUCAGUCGAGGGCACUCCUCAGCGCAGAGGAGACUUCACUCGGCUGGAGUACGAGAGGAGACAUCAGCUGAAAAUCAUGGAAGACUUGGACAAGGUGCUGAGGCAGAAGCCCACCACGGUUCGCGGCGUCAAGAAGCAGAGAACCAAGGCUGUGUUCAGAGAUGACUCCGUCCUCUCUCGUAGCCCUGUGAGGGGUUUCAUGGGCACGAAGGUGUACUCCCGCUCGACCAUGAACCUGUCCUCCAUGGCUAAUGACUCUGGAGGCCUGUCUGUCAGGAAGUCUCCCAGCCGUUCACACUCUCCCUCCAGGCUAAUGUCACCAAGACGAGCGAGUGCUCACAAUGGAGAGAAGGACUGGGAGAACGGCUCCACUAUUUCCUCCCCCGCCUCAAUCCCAGAAUACACAGGACCAAAGCUGUACAAGGAGCCGAGCUUCAAGUCCAAUAAGUUCAUCAUCCAUAAUGCUAUCACCCGCUGCUGCCUGGCCGGCAAGGUCAAUGAACCACAGAAAAACAAGAUUGUAGAGGAGAUGGAGGCAAGCCAGGGCAACCACUUCCUCAUCCUCUUCAGAGAUACCAGCUGCCAGUUCAGAGCCGUUUACACCAUGAACCCUGAAACCGAGGAGAUGGUGCGGCUCACUGGUAUCGGCCCUCGGAUUAUUGCACCUGAGAUGGUCGAGUCCAUUUACAAGUACAGCUCUGACCGCAAGCAGUUCACUGCCAUCCCGUCCAAAACUAUGUCCAUGAGUGUUGACGCCUUCACCAUCCCGGGCCACUUUUGGCAAAAGCGCCCGGGAACUCCCAAGAAGCUUGGCACCCCUAAAUAAAGUCCGAGAGCUGGGUGAAGAUGGGUAGAGAUGUUACCAUUCAGGGAACCAGCUCCCAGCUUGACUAGCUCCUUUUGUCCUCUAUUUUGGCCAAUGAGGCACUUGCAGAAUCCAGCGAACUAGCAGUGGACAGCAUGACCGAUGAGGCUUUUGGCCAGCUCUCGAACUUGGAUUCCUGAGAGCAAUUCAGUCAACUCUACAUGCCAUGAGAACGGGCCAAUCACUUACUCAUUCAGCCAAUGUAGUUACAAUAGUUUCUCUCUUGAGGGCUUCUGAUUGGCUCCGCCUCGUCUACCUAGAUUGUAAAAUGUAAUGCGACUCUGUUGGGAUGAAGAAUGCUUUCCCUUGCACCCUGCCUCCUCAUGCCUUGCCUUACCCAGCCCCUGGAGUAAUGUGUGCAACUCUUAGGUAAGAAAGAGGGGACAGCUACACUGCCUUUGCCCAUACAGUAUUUUGGGCCAGAGUAGUUCCCGUCCCUCUCGAUUCUGAUUGCUUUUUCUGCCUUUUCUUCUUCUUCUUCUUCUUCUUCCAGAGCUGAGCUUCUCUCUCUCUCUCCAGUCUAGUGAGGCGAGUGGCUUAGCUCUCUGUUCUCAUAGGAGAUCUUAGCUGAAAAAUGACUGGCAGGUAAUGCUGCUCUCAUAAGAUUGUAGGGUCACACACAAACCACUCAUUCCAUUCAUGGGUGUUUUCACUGGAUUGUCAGGGCCAGAAAAAAGAAGUGUGGUGGGUGGUUCCUCUGUGGGCUGCACUGGCGGUGGCUACUAUGGUUGUCAUUGGACUCACACGCAUAGAAAACCGCCUGUGGCCCCCCGAGUUUGCGCAUUCCGCUCCAUUCCAACUCCUUCAGCUGUAGACAUCUGGAUGUUUUUUUUUUUAUACUAUUGUGACAUGUUUUUGCUGGACAAAUUUGCUACAGCCUUUUGAGCGCUGAAAGAAUGAAAUUCAUGUGACUUUUUUUUUUUUCCCCUCUCAAAUUGCUUUUCUCAUUUUCACCACGUAAUGAAUUGAAAUGUUAACUGAGCUGAUCUUUGAAACGCAAUACUGGAAACACGAAGGAGGGCUUUACCAUGUUUAUUAUUUCUCGGAUACAGCUGUGUGUGAAAAAUGAUAAUCGAUGCUGAUUUAAUAUAUUCUGAAUGCUGAUCACUUAGAUUUUUUUGACAAUGAUUUGUAAAAAGUAAGUUGACCUUUUUGUAAGCUAUGAAUAAGCUAGCCUGCUGCUUAAGCAUUAGUGAGAUGUAUGUUUGAGAUGAGUGAGUGUAAGAGAAUGAAAAUACAAAAAAAAUUGCUUAAACCUUUUUGUCUAGGGAUUAAUAAAUCCUUUAGGUUACCAGGAGUCUGUUUCCUAUUGUAUGACUCCCUGUUUGUGUGCUCCUGCAUAUUAACAGUUGGUUUCUUAUCGAAGGGUCGUUCAUCUUCCCCACACAGUCUGGAGAGACUCUUUCAUAUAUAACUGGGGGAAUGUAAGACGACCAUUUGUAAAACACCUCGUUCGGCAGUGUGUCCGUGCUGUUCGGGGAAAAAAAAACACUUGACCCUGCAGUUGCUUAUGAUCAGGUAAAUAUAUCGACAAGAAAAAGAUUGGGCUUGUUCCCCUGCUUUGCAGUCUCGAGGACGACAGCAGCUACCGCGGUGCAGCUGUCUUCUUUCAAAUCACUGAUUGCCUCCAAGAAAUGUUUUAUUUAAUUUUUUUUUUUAAAUGAAGUUCAAAUGUGGAAAACAAAUGUUAGGCGCCGCAUUCAGGAAAUGAGACUAUUGAUUAGAAGUGAGUGUGGAGGAGUGCAUAUGGAAUUAGUGGAUGUUUGUAUUUAUGCGUUUGUAAAGAGUAAUAUGUGGUAGUUAAACACUAUAUUUUGAUUCUGUGCAAUUCUCCCCUAGAAAUCCCCACGUUACCCAGAGGUGUAUUUAUUUAGUUUGCCUUAGAUGGUGCAAUUGAUGUUUUAGUUUCAUGUUCUACCUCCUGUCUUUUUUUUUUAAUUUUUUUUUUAGGUUAAGGUGGUAAGUCUCACAUUCAUUUCAUAGAAGUUGUCAUAACAUUUAUGUUGUAUCCUUUUUCUCUUCUCGUAUCAAACCUGUGCCAGCACAUUAUGUAUGAUCGUUCCAUAAAUUGACUAUGGCUAGCAACCAGACGAAUAAAAUUCCUCUUAAAAUCAU